AUGUCAUUUUCAUGGAAUACAAUUGAAUUUGUAUUGGCGUGUUUUGGUAUUGUUUUAACUAUAUUAUUAACUAUUGGUGGUAACCUUGUCGUUUUAUUUGCUUUUUGUAAUGAUUCACAUCUAUUAACACCAUCGAAUAAUUUUCUUUUAUCUAUGGCUAUUGCUGAUUUUCUAGUUGGUCUUAUUUGUAUGCCAUUUUAUUCAUAUGCGCAAAUGAAAAAUUUUUGGCCAUUUGGAAAACUGUUUUGUAAGGUAUGGAUUACUAUUGAUGAUAUUGUAACGAUGGCAAGUGUUCUAUCGAUUGUUGCUAUAACAAUAGAACGUUACUGGAGUAUCAAUCAUAGUGUACAGUAUCGGCGUCAUGCUACGAAAGCACGUAUAAGAAUAUUUUCUUUACUUAUUUGGCUCAUUCCAUUUUUGAACUUUGCACCUGGAAUAUGGCUGCUUGAAUCACCACAAGAUACUCAAUUAUUCAAUCCAUUCGAUAAUAAAACAAUGAAAAACGAUUUUGAAUGUAUUGGAGCCUAUCAUUCACAUACGUUAUAUUUAAUAAUCGCUCAAGUCAAUUUUUUUGCUUGGCCAUUAGUGGUUAUUAUCGUACUUAACGUUCUUAUUGUUGUCAAUCUCUAUAAACGAUCACAUCGUUUUCCUGCUUUUGCGAGUUUUCGAGUUCCACAACACAAACAACAAAAACAACAACGACCUCGUAUAUUUAGAGAAGAAUAUUCUCAGAAACUUGAAGAAAAAGAAGAAGAGCAGCAACCGCAUACACAACAGAUUGGCAGUGACGCACACAUAAUGGCAGCUGUUAAUGAACCCAACUGUUGUUCGUUGAAUAAAACGGAGUCAGAGCAUAGUAAUAAUGAUAUUCAUUUGAACAAUUUAUCACUUGAUCAUAAAAAUAUGAUUGUGGUUCCAAUUGAUGAUGGUAUCACUGAACUUCCAUCAAUGCCAAUGUCACCUUCAGUUGAGUUAGAUUCAAAACAAUCAACAAAUAUAUAUUCACGUUUUAAACAUGUAUUUAUACCGCCUCCAAACCAGUUACAACCAUUGUCAAUCGAACAUUGUUCAUCGAAAUCAACUCAGACAUUACGUAGAUCUUCCACAAGAAAAAAUUCGAAAAAACAUUCGAUUUUUAUUUGGCGAAAUAAUUCUGUUAUUACACCUCCGUCAGAUUUAGAACUACGUUUAACGACGGGCACAGGUGAACAACGUAUUGUCCGACGUUUAAGACGAGAUAAACGUGCAGCUACAUCACUUUUUACUUUAGUACUUGUAUUUAUGUUUUUUUUAUUACCCUAUGUUGUGGUUGUCGUUGUUGGGCGAAUAUUUUCAAUAGAAAAGUUAACUGACACUAAUGGACAAAUAUAUUCAGCUGCUUUUUGGCUUCUGUGGCUUAAUUCAACCAUUAAUCCCAUUCUUUAUCCAUUUAUUCAACCAAGAUUUCGUGAAGCAUAUCGAAAACUUUUCUUCAGAUUUACGCGUCGAAGAAGACGAUUAGUUUCGCUUAUCGAUGAUAUUCAACGAACGAAAUAA